AUGUCCUCCUUCUCAUCCACAUGGUCCUCCAUCGUCACCCGCUACCCCCCAGCAGCCAUCGAAGUAACCGGCAGCGCCCUCCUCCAACUAACCAUUCUCCUAUCCUACUUCCUCAAAUCCUUCUACUCACGACCAACCGCCAGAGCCGCACUCCUGCGCUGUCUCCCCCUAGCCAUCACAAACAUCUGCCUGGCAACCACAUCCCACGCCAGCUUCCUCUACACCGUCUCCCGGAUCCGCGGCGUCCCAUUCACCCAGACAUCCCUCAGCACGGUAUCCAGCACAAUGCCCACCUGGACGCAAUUAUUAAGUGGAUUCGCACAGGGAGCCCUCUACUUCGAUAUCCGUGCAUCACCGCUUCGUGGAGAGUGUGUCGCUGGCUGCGUACUACAGCCACCCCGUGGAAUUCGUGCUGGUCAACUUUGGCAGCGCGGUGCUGCUUUCGGCGUGCAUGCGCGCGCAUGUCCUGAGUCAGUUUGCCAUGGGUGCGUUGUCGCAGGUCAUUGCGUUUCAUAUACAUGA